AUAUUGGUACUUCAUGGAUACAGGUAAAUAAGCAAAAUGACGAUGCAGCCAGAGAUUUGGAGAGGUUUGAAGUUUAUAGCGAAGGUAGAGGUUCAGCUGCCUUUGCAGAAGUGAUAAGUGUUGUGAACGCUUUUUAGUUUCGCUAAAGUUACAUUUUCCGUUAAUUUGUAGCGCAGAAGUAUGAAAAUGUAAUCAGAAGGGUAUAUCAAUGAGCUACAAUUGUACCUCUAUAAGCCCUUCCCCCUCCCGGCCAAAUGAUCGAUGGAGGCUCCAUUCUCUGCUAACUCUAGGUGCGUAGUCAACGAGGUUAGAAUUAGGAAACUCGUCAUCAUUUUUAUUUAUCCCUUUUUCUAUUUUUUCUAUAUAUGUUUUUUUAAGACAGAGUGCCAAGACAUGUAAAGAGAAGCUUGGUGCCUUCAGGAAGAACCUUAAGAAACUUCCACUUGAAUUUGGUAGGAAAUGUUAGCUUGAGGAUGUUGUUUUCAUAGUCCAUCAAUUGCAUAUCAAUUAUUUAAAUUUAAGGUAUUUAUUUUUAAUUUUUUUUGUCAUUUUAUCUUCUUGUUCUUACAACAGUGUAUAUAACUGCACCAAAUAAAAUCCCAGUUGAAAACAGUAGUGAUGUUGCUUCUCCAAAGGAAGGUAUUUAUAUGCAUUUGGUUAUACAUGAAGGGUAGCUAACAAUAUUAAUAAGCCACUUAGUGGCUGCUGGUUGGCUGGCCUUGUCUCGAAUUCAUUGAUCAGUUGAUUGACUGGCACGUUUUGUUUUUUGAUCAACUAUUUGAUGAUUUGCAGAUUGAUUUAUUUCUUGUGGAAUUUGCUAUGUAGUAGUAGAAACCAAUUCCCUGCCCAGCCCCUGUCCAUGUGGCUAUCCACUUGAGUGUGACCUCUGUGCAGAUAAUGCAAAUAAAAUGUGUUGGCUAGAGUUGAAAGUAAUUGCGAGUAUGUUCUUAUGUCAGCCUUAUUUUGAAAUCCUCAGGUAAAUUGGCCUUUUGUCAAAUGUCUCAUAGUUCUUUUGUUAACUUGUCUUAAAUUUAUUGCUGUUGUAUUGGUUACAGUAAUUUAUCAGCUCAAGUUUUUGUUCUUUUAAUUAGAUGAAUAUGGUUGGUGGUUUUCAGCUGAAGAUAACACAUAUGACCCUCUUAGUCCAUCUGAUGUCUCUAAAGGUUAUGAUGAAUCAAUUGAACUUGUCAAGGCCACCUUUACAAAUCAGGUAAUUAAUCAUGAUGCCAAACACUAUACAGUAGUAGGAAAUGCAAUCUCAUUGUUCCCCUCUCCUCCCUGUGUCUAAUAUGUUCUUCUCACAUUUGGUUGUUUGGGUGAGAAAGAGAUCCCUGGAGACAAGGUUGAUUUUUCUCAUGAAUUUCUCUUGGAAAUGAAAAAAUUUCAUUUACUAAUUGUAAUUACCUUUCUAUAUUUUAUAAUAACUGAGAAGUGUGGAUGUCUAUUUAUUAGUUUUUGUUGAAAGUUUUCCUUCUAAGUAUCUUAUAAAAUAUGUACAGUAACCAGCGAUAUUUCUUUAGUAUGCAGCAACAAAGUUAGUAUUGUUUGUUUUGCCCUUUCCUUACCUGUUAAAUUCUCAUGUUAUCAUUUUUUUUGACAUUUAGUAUUUAUGUUAUUUUUCAGGGGCCAUUUGAUGGUAUGUAAUCUCAUUUUUGAGGAGCACUUUUUUAUUGAAGAAGAGAGAAAAGUACUUUUUAAUUAUCAUGAUUAAUAAUUUCAAUCACUUAACUACCAUGGUCAAGCCUUUUGUUGUGCAUGUAGUUCAAAUGGUAUAGAUACAAAAUAAAUUGUUACCCAGUGAAUAAUUAUUCAUUAAACUAUGCAAUUGCUAUUAUGAGAAGCAAACAGCAAAGUAGGGUGAUAUGUUUGUGAAAUAUCCUUGAAUCUUUUUCUCCAUAGACCAAAUAUGCUUGUUGUCAGGAUAGAUUAUUACCAUUUUAAUAACAGUGAUAAAACUCUGUCCAACUGAUAAAUGCUUUUGGUUUUAACAAAGCAUCUCAUGUUUGAUGGUUUUAACUGGUAUAAGGGAAUUGUAGCAGUUUAUUCAGAGGGUAGUGCAGGGGUUUAAAAACAAGCCAGUGACUGCCGAAAUUCUACCGGCUAUUUGAUAACAUGUCUAAGUUACCUACUUUUUCUAGAGUUUGACACCUACACUGUACUUCAAAAAAUUUAGAAACCCUAGUAGUGUUAAUAUUCCAUCAAAAUUAUUUAGGGGCAGUCAUCACUAUUCAACAACCAUUUGUAGAACUUUUUCUAAUCACAUAUGAUAAAGUGGAGAAUAUUACACAAGCUGGGACUUCUUAAAAGAUAUUAUUUAGCUGCUUAUACAUGUAUGUGAUGUUUAUCAAAUAGGUGUUCUUGGGUUUAGCCAAGGGGCAUGUUUCCUUUCGAUUCUCUGUGCAUUAAGAGAACAAGGUAUGUCUGUUUUCUUGACUGUACAAAGUAGAUGUAACCCUCUCAGCUAUCAUGAAUUUGUUAUUAAUAUAUCAUGAAGUUAUUAUUAACUGCUGUGAUCACUGCUCAAUCAAGAAAAGGUCCAUGUUGUCUACCCUGGGUAAUGUUAAUUCAUCCACUCGUUUAUUUCUUCUCUUCUUGGAUAGUGUCUGAAAUAGGCUGGGACCUACAGUGUAAUCGAUUUUGUCGUUCAUUGUGUUUUAGGUUAUUUAAGUUUUAAAUUUGCCAUUCUUGUGGCUGCAUUCAAGUCAAGAUCUUCAGGACACAGCAUAUACUACACAGAACCCAUCACAUGCCCCACCCUGCAUGUGUUUGGUGAUACAGACAGAGUCAUACCUAAGGGUAUGUAUUCAGCUGGUGGUUACUUUAAAGUGGCACUAAAAUUUAUUUCCUUUACUUGUACAUUUGUACAGGUGUCUUCCCUGCAUUUGUCUUAAAGUGUCAUAUUUGUUUAGAACCAUGAAUCUGUAUCAUGCUUAUGGCAGCAAUACUUCACUGAACCCCACAUCUAAGUUUGGUUGUACUGAAAUCAGCCUACAAAACAGUUUGAAUUUAAGCUAUAAAUUACCUCUACCUUCAGUCCUCCAUCUAUCCCUGCAUAGCCCUUCUUUAGUUUUGUGACACUGAGCUAGAGUAAGAAACUAAUAGAAACAACAUUUCUAAAUAUAGAAAUAUUUUGAUGAAUAGGUAGGCAAAUAAUCAAGAUAAUUAGCUUUUUUCUACCCCACUACUUACUAGUCUGGACCAAAAAUACACCAGCCCUCUACCUCUCUGUCAUUUAAACCUAAAUGUAAAUAAAUUACCUUCCUACAUUCUUGGCAUGUCCCUACACAGUCAUUUCUGAAAGGGAUUCCAGUAUUCUUUACACUUAAGCCAUUGAAAGAUAGGGCAACUGAUUGGUGUCUUAUUUUAAAUCAAUGAAAUAGAAAACAGUGAAGAUCUUCUGAAGCAUUUUUCUAACCAUACCACUCUUAACCACCCUGGAGGUUAGUGUAUGUCUAUAUCUCAAUUCCUUUUGACCUGAUAUGAUGACCUAGUGGUUUUCACUCUUUAGAUAUAUUUCCACCUUGUAAAUGGCUCGCUUUUAUUUCCUUUUGUAUGAAAAGUUGUUAUGUGGCCAAAUUUCAGUCACUGAUAGGCAUGUCUAUUGGGGUUAAUUCGGUUUGGUGUCCAAUUCUUUCCAAGUCAAAUCAUUAUUUCACAUAACAAAGAAUCCUGCAGGCAGGCCUUCAUUGGCAGUGCUGCAGAUCAAACUGGGGACUUUUUCUCACCCCUGGAGGGGUGAGAACAAAGAAGUUGUGUUAAGAUGAUAUUGCCAAUGUUUUUGGAUGCUAUAUAUGAUCAGACAAAUUAGGGAUCACACAGGAAAAGGAGAAAGGGAGGAGGCAUGGCAAUGAAAACAAUUUACAGUAGAAUAAUUUGGCCAUAUUUGGAAAUCAGCUCCGCUUCCGGCUGUGGAUUCGAACCCGGAAAAUUUUCCGUUGGAAUUUGAACAAAUUUGGAUGAGAUGACUUAAUCUGAUAAGUACAUUCAAAGCGACCGCAGUGCAGUUUAAAUGGUAUUAGUGACGAACUGAUCUUGUUACUUAAUUUAGGAAGUCUGCAAGAAUUCAUGCUUCCUUGUUGAAACAAGGAAAUUUUCUGACUUUUUUGCGGUUUAACUGCAAAGCUUGAUUGGUAACUUGUUAUCCUAUCCACAUGUCAAAAAAAAAUAUUUCGUAUACAGUGUAACGUAUUGUCGGCUAUUGAAACAAUAGAAUCUAGUCGAUAGUAUUCACAGUUAUGAUCUAUCUUUUGAAGGUCGCGUGGUUUUAGAAAUCAGCGUCAUAACGUGCAAAUAUCUAAAACAUUUUUUCUACUUUUUUCUAGGCCAUUUCGUCCCAACGCAAGCUCCUCAAAAGAAGGUCUACAUAGAGUUUCUAGAGCAGUUCAUGAAGAAGACUUAACAAAUGUUACAUUCUUACCGUAAAAUGUGGCCACACCGGGUACCGUCAUGUGCUUUCCUCGAACAAUUUUUGUGUUCUGCAGCAUAGAUAAGAAAGGGAAAAUUUUGGAAUAUUUAGUCUGCAUAGCUAAUGUUUGUCAUGAUCGGACGCGUUCCCGGAAAAUUUUGGUUAAGACUUCCAGGUCAAUUCCUGGGGAGUGAGAGGUCA